AUGUCCUCCGAGAUCCUGCUGCUGUUCGAUCCCUCAGGGAUGGGCCGGGUGGUGAGCGGAGGUCCAAUCACAGCAGUGUCUGGGCAGACCAUCAAAGGAAUCGUCAAUAUGGACGCAGCCCUUGCUGAGGUUGAAGGGAUCGAUCAUGUCAAGAUCGCCCUCGCUGGGACGGUAGAGACGUCUAUACGAGGAACGGACGACAGUGUUAGCCUUCUGCGCAAGGAGUUGGUUCUAUGGCGCAACGGGAUCUCGCCUCAAUCUCCGCGAAGCACCCUCACCCGAUUACCCUUCAGCUUCAGAAUCCCGAAGACGUUGCCACCCUCUUUCGAUACCGAUCCCGACUAUGAAACUAUGAGAGAUACUAGAGGAGCAGUCCGUUACGUGCUGGAAGUCAGUGGUGUCAUGCCGCGAGAGGGGUGGUUGAAGUGCGUUCGGCGAGGAUACGCAAACAUCAAGCUGACGUCUCUCGUAUCCCCCGAACCACUGGGAGUCACUGAUUCUAUACCCUUGGCCGCGGGUGCACGAGUGUCUCAUCGCGUUCAUGAAUGCGUUCGUCCGCAUUGGUGGGCAAGACCAUGUCGAGCAGAGCUCGAGCUGGCGCUGCCUUACAGGCUCACAUAUCCAACAGGUACGCUGGUGCCUCUGCAACUUCUUGUCGAGACUACCACUCGACCCAUGAAGACAAGCCUCAUUCCGAAGGCCAUCUCGCGGUUACUGUUUCCCGCACCGCCUUCAGAAGCUAUCUCUAUAGACCUAUGGAUAGAACGCCAAUCAUUCCUGAAUGCUAAGAACAGAACCCAUACAGUCUCCGACCGCCUUGACCCUCUGCAACUUCCUCCUCUCGGACCAGAAACACCGCUAGAAUUGCAGCGGUCCGAGAAGGCUUCUCAGCUUGUAGUCGAAGACCCAAUUUGGACUCGAUCGAAAUCCAAAUGGACCUGCGAGUGCACAGUUCGCCUCGAGACCUCGGCCAUCUUUCCGUGCGUGCCCUCCUUUGAAACUCUCAAUUUUUAGUACUUCCUUCGAGUUCGCGUCGUUCUCCCUGGCUGUAAGAAACC